AUGUCACGACACCCAUAUCAAAAGCGUCUUUUAAAAGAGUAUCAAUCGUUAUCUCGAUCUCAACUACCAGGAAUAACACUUGUAUCAAGUGACGACAAUUUGACUAGCUACAUUUUCCAACUCUGCCUCUCCAAUCAUACAUUAUACCCCUCGAACUAUUAUUUAUCUAUAAAAAUCACUGAUGAGUACCCCGUGGACUCGCCGCUGGUGAAAUUCAUUAAAUAUGCAGACAUUUCAGCUGAUUUGGAUGAGACUAGGUCAGACGAUGUGCCCACACUGGUAAUACCUGUGCAUCCACAUAUUUAUUCCAACGGCCAUAUUUGUUUGAACUUGUUGGGUGAUGACUGGACACCGGCAUGUUCGAUUGAGAGCAUAUUAUUGAGUAUACAGAGUAUGUUGGAUACAAAUGUGUUGGAUGAGAGGCCACCGGAUAACGAUAAUUACGUAAGUCACGCUCCCGACGAUCCUAAAAGGACGAGGUUCAUUUACCACGAUGAUAACGUGUAA